GUGUGGGGGCGGGAGCAGAAGAGCAGAAAGAAUUUGCGAAUAAAUUAGAUCGAAAAGUGUGAUACUCCUUCAGUUUGCCGGUAACCGUACAACCGAGCGGAACAUCUCACCGGGGCAUCUUCGCGUUGGUGCUGUGUGAAGUGAAGCGAAUAACGCGCGCGCAAGAAAGUGUGUGGUCUUUUGUUGCAGUGCUGGUCAAACCGAAUGACCCACUGAAGAACGAGUUUGUCCAGUACUGUAUACACAUGUGUUGCAUCGAUGGUGUAACUGCAACUGCCGCAGCAGUUGCUGCAGUUGUUCGAUGAGUUCACGGCCGCAAGCACAGCAAGUCGUCGGUUGAGAGAACUUCGUUGACACACAAUUCGCGCACGUCGUUCGUCCUGGAAGUCAAGAGUGACAGGAACGUGCCGUGAGACAGGUUACAACAUACAUCCUACAAUACAAAGUAGGCGAGCAACGGCGAACUGCGAACCACCACCGGUGGUGGUGCAGAAAAAAAAGGAAAAAUCCCGAAGAAAAAUUCAUAAUUCAUGAAUUAAUUAAGAAAAAAGUUCUUCAACAUGAACAUGACUUCCAUCAAGUGGCCGCGACGAAGGAAGCAGUGUCGUCGUCGACAUCCUUGGCAGAUAGUGCUGGCGGGGGCAAUUCUGCUCGUCGUCAUCGGUGUCACCCGUCACCAGGAUGUAUCGUGUUUCAACAUCUCCGCCACGCAAAUCCACACCCUACACCUGGACCACAACCUCAAACUGACCUGGAUGAUGGAUUGGUACAAAAAGGAAGUUCUGUUCCACGUACAGAACACCUUCCAGCACGGCCGGUACAAAUUCUUCGCCCUCGGCUUUUCCCCGCGAGGUGAACUGAAACGCACCGAUCUGUGCGUCUUUACCACAAGCGCCGGAGGUGCGUACCGCCAGGCCCUGGAUACCUACACCUCGCGGGACUUCAACCGGAUCUACGCCGACAGCGAGCAGAACUGCGACCCGAUGCGGAUCGACGACAACUCGGUGGCGUUCCGACGGAAGUUCGACAGCUGCGACCCGCAGGACGUGAGCAUCCACGGCGGAACCAUGUACGUGGUGUGGCUGAGGGGAAAGAAGGAGCUGGACUUUGGCAAGAACUGGACCGUGAUGCCGACGGUUGGGAGGGCGGAUCUGGGCGUGAUGCCGGUGCAGAUUUUGAGGGCGGACGCGAUCACGAUUCCGGAGGCGAAGUCGGCGGUUAAGAGGGUUGAGAUAUUGCUGGAUAAGGCGGCGAUUCCGGCGGUCGAGACUACGUAUUGGUGCAAGGUCCAGCGACUGGAGGAUUGGUUGACGAAGAAGAGACAUCACAUAGUGCAGUUCGAGCCGGUCAUAACGCACGAGCACGUGGUCCACCACAUGGAGGUGUUCCAGUGCGUGGCGGAUCCCGGGGUGAAGAUUCCUCUGUACGAAGGUAGCUGUGGGGAUAUGCCGGCGGAAGCAAAGAUCUGCAACAAGGUGAUGGCCCUGUGGGCUAUGGGUGCGGGACCGUUUACGUAUCCACAUGAAACGGGACUUCCGAUUGGAGGAGAAGGCUUCAAUCCGUACAUAAGGCUGGAGGUGCACUUCAACAAUCCGGAUCUAAAGAAGGGCAUCGUGGACAGUUCGGGGAUGCGGAUCAACGUGGUGUCCAAGCUGAGGAAAUACGACGCGGCGAUCAUGGAACUUGGGUUAGAGUACACGGACAAGAUGGCGAUCCCGCCGGGACAAGUGGCGUUCCCAUUGACCGGAUACUGUAUAGCAGAGUGCACAAAGGUUGCACUGCCAUCUGGCGGUAUCAAGAUCUUCGGAUCUCAACUUCACACCCACCUGAGGGGGGUUAGAGUUUUAACAAGGCACUUCCGCAAGGGAAUCGAGUUACCCGAGGUCAAUCGGGACGACUUCUACUCCCAUCACUAUCAGGAGAUUCGACAGCUGCGAUAUCGCCCGAAGGUUCUUCCGGGUGAUGCUCUGAUGACGACCUGCUACUACGAUACCCGAGGAUACGAGAAUGCCACCCUCGGCGGGUUCUCGAUUAGUGAUGAGAUGUGCGUCAACUAUAUUCACUACUAUCCGGCGACGGAGCUGGAGCUGUGCAAAAGCGCCAUCUCGGAGAAAUCGCUGUACAACUACUUUAAAUACAUGAAGGAAGUCGAGAAACAACCGGUAAUACCAUCUGGAGCCCGCUCCGACAACUACCACUCCAUCCACUGGACCAAGACCCGUUCGGAUCAGCUGUUCGAGUACUACCUGGAGGAACCGCUCAGCAUGCAGUGCAACCGAUCGGACGGAUUUCGCUUCGAGGGCUACGACUGGGAGGGAGCCCCCAUUACCGAGUUCAGCCCUCCCCGAAGCACCCUCCGGGCCAACUGUGCCAUCCCCCCGGAACUACAAUGGUUCAAACCGCUGGAAGUGGGCCAUUGUGACGUGUUUGGCGAAUGCAUUUACGAAGACGAGAAGAUUAAAGAGUAGAGACUAUAAAUUGUUAUCAAUGGAAGAAAAUCUGUAAAAAGUAGAUUCCCUGAAGGCAAGUUUCCUGCACAAAAUGGCUUUCACAACUAGAAGAAAUAAAUUUGUACAAAUCAUCUAACAUUAGACAUACCACACA